CAUUAUUGCUUUCGUUAUAUAUAGUUGUACGUUAUAUAAAUACAAAUAUUUCUUUUGAAAUAUUUCAUUGGUUAUAAGGCUAAAUCAUUGUUUAAGAUAAUGAAUAUAUUACAAACUAUUAGUUCCUACUACAAAAGACAAAGGAGAUCUGUAAAAUAUGGCUUACCAUUUAUGUUAUUUAUGGUGUGUGGUUCAUUUGGAUUGAAAGAAUUUGCUCAACUAAGGUAUAUAUUUAGAAAGCAAAAGUUGAUAGACCCGGAAGAAGCCAAAAAAAUGGGAAUACAAAUGAAGGAGCCUGGAUCGGUAACAUUAGAAGGGGAGUACGAAAAAAUCAAGCAAUUAGAUAUUGACAAUUGGCAAAGUAUUAGAGGACCUAGACCAUGGGAAGAGAAAAGCCAAUAGUUGUUUCAUAUUUUUCUAUUCUUAAUUAGUACAAUAAAUUUUAUUCAUUAGGUAUUACAA